AUGAGUGUGGUCAAGGAUGGCGAGCAUUUGAUAUACAAAGACCCAGCGGGGAAUACUAUCAAGUUUUUCGAUUAUAAAGGGAUACCAUUUCCUAUAUUUCCCGGGAACAUGACAAAACGAAUGGCCAAACUGCCGAAUUUCAAAGUCAGACCAGAUGACGUCUAUAUCUGCGGCUACGUAAAGUCUGGAACCAACUGGGUGUGGGAAGUUACAAACAUGCUGCUUUCCGGCCUCACUGAAAACAUAUCCAAUAACAAACAGUCGAUGAUGUUAGAAAUAAAAGAUGCGGAGGAGCUAGAUGAUAAGCCUUCACCUCGCGUUCUGAACACACAUCUGCUGUUACCUGACCUUCCAAAGGACAUCUUCGCGAAAAACUCUAGAAUCAUCUACCUCCUGCGAAAUCCUAAAGAUGUUUGCGUGUCCCAUUUCCACCACGACUUGGGCCUCUCAGGAUUGUACCAGUACAAUGGUGACUGGCAGAAUUACUUUCAGCUAUGGCUGGACGGUCACGUUGACUACGGCUCUUGGUUUGAUUACGUGAGACACUGGGAGGAGGAGCUCAAGUUGCAUCCAAACUUAAAUGUCCAUGUCCUCCACUACGAGAACCUGAAGCUGAACUUCAUAGAGGAAGCAAGAAAACUGGCCUCGUUUUUCGGAGUGGAACGUGAUAAGCAGUUUUAUGAACGCUUGGCUGAAAAAUGCGAUUUCAAGACUAUGAAGGCCUUCAAAGACGAUUGUUAUACUGAAGUUGAAAAUACUUUUUGGAGAAACAACAAACCGAAUUUCUUCCGCAAAGGUGUCGUUGGCGAUUGGAAGACCCACUUUACGGUAGCCCAGAACGAGCAGUUUGAUGCAAUUCUCAAAGAGAGACUUCGGGGCAGCCAGCUACAGUUUACGUAUGAGGGCUAA